AUGUAUUGGGUCAACUUGACCUACUACGUCGCCAUCAAGUUCAUCAAGAACCUGUCGUGCAUGCCCCAAGCUCAGAGCUUGGACAAGACUCUGCUUGGGGGCAAGUGUAUCAACGAGAAGGUUCUCGUCGCGAGGCGUAUACCUAGAGCUAGUAGGAUCUUUGACUUCGGGCCUGCUUCAUGA